CGAAGCCGCGCCGCAGCCUCGGGACCAGCUCCCCUUGCCGGCUCCACUUCCCGUUGCCAUGGAGACCUACGUCAUUUACGUGCCGUGCGUCGCCUUGGAAACAGAGGAGCAUCCUUGGCGCGGCUGGGAGACCCGCCCCUGCCGCUCCGACCGCACUCGCGGGCUCUGCCCGUUUCCCCGCCGGGGGUAGUCCCGAGCCCGACCCGCCGCGAGACCCUCGGGCCCCCCGGGGAGCCGCCGGGCGCCGAGCGCGCGCCGAGCGCGCGCCGUUCCCGAGCGCGGCAGGCAGGGCUCCGCCAGCCGCGGGGACUGUCGCCCGGUGCCGGUCGGCCCGGGACGCGGCCGCGCCCGCCGCCUCCCCGACCCCGUCCCGAGCCGGCUGUCCCCUCGGCUCCUCCCAGCCCCGCGGGGACCGCUGCCCCCGCCCCGAGGCCGGCCUGGCCCCGCCGCGGAGCCGCCGCCGCUCGCUGCUGCCGCUCGAUGGAGGACGGGCCGCUGGAGAUCAUGACCAAGGACGGCGGCGACCUGCCGGCGCCCCUGGAGGUGUCCACCGUGCCCGCCGUGGGGGACGUGCUCUCCGGGGAGUACAACGGCGGCAUGAAGGAGCUCAUGGAGCACCUCAAGGCCCAGCUGCAGGCGCUCUUUGAGGACGUGCGGGCCAUGCGCGGGGCCCUGGACGAGCAGGCCUCGCACAUCCAGGUGCUGUCGGACGACGUGUGCGCCAACCAGCGCGCCAUCGUCUCCAUGUGCCAGAUCAUGACCACCGCGCCCCGCCAGGGCGGCCUGGGCGUGGUCGGCGGCCCGGGGGGCGCCCCGAACGCCCCCGCCCGGCCCGAGAGCCCGCCGCCGGGAACCGGGCACGACGAGGGCGACGAGGACGACGAGGACGAGAAGGAGCUGCCCGGCUCCACCACACCCACCAGUCACUGUGAGCGCCCCGGGAGCCCCUGCGCCGGUCUCCUCGCGGGGGACGGGCCACUUGUGGAGCCCCCCGAGCUGCCCGACAUCACGCUGCUGCAGCUGGAGGGCGAGGCGUCCCUGUGAGGGGGACCCCCGAGGGGCGCGCCGCUGCCCCGCGCCGGCUGGGGGGUUCCGGAUGCAUGACGGCGCGGCGCGGCAGAUGCCCUCGGACCGCAGCUCGGGGGUGGCGGGCAGAGAAAGGCGCCCUCCUGCAAGGGCUGCGGGGGCACCAAGAAGUCUUUCUGCCCAGCCGGGCGCAACUUAGCCAACUGCAGAAAGGUGAGGUUCCGGGAGAGGAAGCGCCCAGGCCAGGACUUCCAUCUACCCCCUCCUCUGCACCCCCACUCCCCAGCCAACAGGAGAACCCCUGAAUUGUGUAAAUAAAAUUCUGCUUUUUGUAUUCUGAAAAAAAAAACGGGAUGGGGGACGUAUCUAGGACUGUGGCAAAUAAUCAAAUAAUCUCUGACGAUUUACCUAGACAUUCAGGAAUCGGGGUUAUUCUGUUCUGGCAACAGAAAAUCGAAACCCACUGAAACCCAAGCUACUCGGCGCUCUGCAGAAGCCUCUCCCCUCACAGAUCUCUGCUGCUGCUGAUUGGUAAAGGAAGCUUGAGGAGGGAACUGCAGCCCUAGGAAUCUGGGUGAAUGGGGGUUCCGAGGGCCCCUGGGCUGGGAGGAGCUGGCUAUGAAUGUGCAUGAAGACAUAGUAGCUCAACCUCUAGGAUUUUGCAUGCAGAGCAAAGCCUGCCUUGCCACUGACUUCAUCUGGGAUCGCUUUAUCCACUCACUGGGGCUUAGAGAACAAAAGAGCCCAGUUCACAGGCAGAGACUUGGGGAUACUCAGCAUCAGCCCCAUUUUAGGGACUCCUGGGGGGCUGCAGCCCCAGACCUCUCUUCGGGCUUAACCUGUUUAACUUCAGUUCUUUUUCCUGUUAAUAGUCUCUGCCCGGCUGCUUCUCCAUGUUGCCUCCAUAAUGUCUUGUUAUGUGUGUCAACCUGUGUAGUGUGUGAGCCCUGAGGGGCAGGGCUUAUGGCUCUGGUGUUAGGUUCUAGGGGCUUUCAGACCAUCUGUGAGCCUCGGGAUAUCAUGGCGCUUUCCUUCUUCCCCCCCCCCCCUUCCCUUCCCCAACCAGGGCAUGGAGCAUGUGCUGUCCUUAGGUUCUUAACUGAUGUGCCUCCCUCCCUCCAGUGGUGACUUUGUGUGCCCUUCCUCCUCCUCUUCGUCCUCCUCCUCCUUCUCUGUGUACUCCUCAAUGCUUUCCUUGUUGUUAACCUGAAUAAAGAGGCAUCAUCUCCCCUC